AUGUACAGCUCACGAUCCGCACCGCCUCUGCCACCGCGCAAGAUGCCGAAUCACAUGGAGGCUUUGGCUGCUCGGAUAAGUAAACUCCGCAACGUCAUGUCCAUUCUCAGAGAGGACAGGGAUUCUCUCAAGUUCCUGGCUUACCUCGUCCAGCACUAUGGACUAUACUGUCAGACCUGUAGCCGGAAGCGCAAGCCCGGUGGUUGCGGACCCACAUGUCCACUGCUACGUCCCGAAUCGUACACCAAAAAAUACGGAUCCACUCUGCUAUGGAAUAUUCGGGACAAUGGAGGUCUUCAGAAUAUCGUUGAGCAGAUCCGCCAGUACGACUUGAUUGCUUCUGAUAUGGAGCGUUGGGGCAACAACGUCAGCCUAUAUGAGCUGGGCCAGUGGGAACAUCUCACGAACUCAUGGCUUCGAAGAGGGUUGAAUCUGUCGUAUCGUAUGGGUGAUGCGCCCAUGCCUAUUACGCAUCAGUUUCACGAGGUUGACUGGGCCGGUGUAAAACCGCGCGAUCAAGCAAUCCUUGAAGACGAAGAGUACAGACAACCAGCUUCUCCCACUGACACCCAAAAAUUCUUAUCAGACAACUUAGCGCCCUUGCAGGAUGACUAG